AUGGGAGACUGGGCAGCGUAUGCUGCUGCUUUGCAGGCCCUGGGGGUGCCGUCAGCAGCGACAGCAGCACCUGUGGCAGCCAUCCCUGCAGCUCCGGGAUCAGCCAUGUUGCAAACUUUCGUUCCUGGUGCGAGUGCUGGACAGCCGAUCGGGGCAUCUCCGGUGCCAGCAGUAUUUGCACAGCCAGCAGCUGCACCUCUAGCCGCCGAUCCCGGCACCACGGCAGCGGUUGCGGCAGCUCUUGCCCUUCUUCAGCCACAAGCACCGGUUGCAGGCUAUGGUGCUGUGCGGCCGGUCCACGCAGCGCCCACCUCGCCCUACGCUCGCGCACCGCCUGCAGCGGUUCCGGUCCAGCCGGCAGCUGCGCCCAUCGCAGGUCUGGAUCCUGCAACGCUCGCUGCCAUCAACAUGGCACUCGGUCUAGGAGGGCAGCCAGCCGCACCGGCAGCCACAGUCCUACCAGGCCUGAGCAACCUACCUGGCCUGCAAGGGCUGGACCUGGGAAGUCUGGCAGGUCUGGCGAACAUCCCCGGAUUAGCGCCGCCGCCCGCCGCUGCGCUGGAUGCACGCCCACCAAGGAAUCCUCCAGGGGUCAUUGGGCGACGGCCGAAGGCCAAGGCAGCGGCCGUGCAGGUUCCCAACCUCAGAGACGAGGAGGUGGCCAACCCGCAAGCUUUGCUGGAGGCAGCGGAUGUCCGCGACGAGGGUAGAUGUCGAGCACUGGUGCAGCAUCCGGGUUUUCGUCACAUAAAUGAGAAGCUCAAGGACGGGCGAACGGCGCUGCACGUGGCCAUGCUCCGAAAACUCCCGGAGGACCUGUGCCUGGCCAUCGCCACGCACAAGGAUUUCAACGAGACCAAUGCUGUCGACACCUUUGGCUACACGCUGCUGAUUCUGGCGGCCUCGAAGGGGAUGUCCCAGGUGUGCAAAGCUGUGCUCGACAGGGAUGACUUCGUUGGCGUCAACGCCCAGGAUAAGUGGGGUGCCACGGCUCUGCAUUGGGCUGCAGACCAGGAUUUGGCCGACGUGUGCGAAAAGAUGCUCUCGCACCCCGAGUUUGUUGAGGGUAACCGACGAGCCUGGAGCUUUGCCUUUGAAGACAAGACAGCUCUGGAUGUGGCCCUGCACCGAAACUGCAAGGCAGCUGCGGACGUGAUCCGGCGGCAUGUAGGUCCACCGCGAUAG